UAUCUCUGUUAAGAUAUAACCUAUGAGAAGUAUUUACACUCGCCGAAUAAACCUCACAGGAUAGUGAGUUACAUUUAUUACACUUAUUACAAAUUGUCUAGGGAUAUGAUUUGGGAUUGGUUUAAGUUGCUAGAUUCAUUGCUGACAAACAAAUAUAUGUAAAGCCUUAAUGAAAGCCUGUGGCGAAACGGGUAACGCCCUGUCAUCGUUUAAACCUGAUAGAUAAACACGAUCGUUUCCGCAAAUUUCCCUACGCUACGUGAGCAGAAAGUUCAACAGCUUGACUGAAAUUCGGAAGAGUUAUAUGUUAAACAUAGCCAUGGGUCGUUCGAUAUAUUACUCACUUAUAACUGGAAUAGGUCUUAUAUUAUGCGCACAAAUUCCACCAUGCCCUGGUUCGUCACUUUGUAAAUGUGAGAAAUUGUCAGAAGACGGCCUUUACGAUGUUUACUGCAACGGGAAUGGAAAAAGACAAGUCAUAAAUAAGGAAAUACUUCCAGACAAGAUAAGAACUCUAACUGUUGAACGGUUUAUUUUCCAGAAACUAUCAGCAAAAAUAUUUCCACAAAAUAUUAUCACAGUUCAGAGAUUCCAUUCCAUAAAAAAUAAAAUUUGGGAUAUGAACAACGAUACGUUCCACAACUUUGAGUCGCUGAGUGAGGUUUACUUUACUGAUAGCACACUACAGCAACAAUUUCAGCUAAUGGAAGCUAUUGGCAGAUCGGUGAAGCUAACAGAGAUUCAGCUUACUCGCAAUAACAUUGAUACAUUUAGACCAGAGUUGCUAACAAAUUUAGACUACUUGGAAAAUGUAUCUGUAGCAGAUAAUAAUAUAUGUCGUUUCAGUGGAAAUAUCACGCAACUGCAUCCAUUGAAGUGGUUAGAUAUGAGCAAUAACAGACUAGAUCCCGUUAAUAUCAAAUUUUGUUUUGACAACGGUAGCAGCUUGUUUCCUAACCUUACAAUAUUGAAUGUUUCUAGGAACUUCAUUUCUAGUAUACAAGAAGACUCUUGGCGAUGUAUGAAAAAGUUAGAAAUUCUGGAUCUGUCUAAUAACAACAUACAGAAAAUAAACAUCAGCAGCAUUACACACUUGGUAUCUUUAAAGCACCUUAUUCUAAAGAAGAACUGGAUGAAUUCAAUGUCUGGAAUUAGUCCCGGGAUGUAUCCACCACAUCUGGAAUUUCUUGAUUUAAGUGAUAAUCAAUUUUCGCCGUUUAUGCCAAAAUUGUGUGACAAGUUUAACAACAAAACAAUAAGCAUACGUCGAAUUGACCUGAGCUAUAAUCAUAUAAGUAAUUUGAACGGCAAUUUCACUAAAUGUCUCCGGAAUCUCACAGAAUUGUUCCUAAGUAAGAAUGCAAUAGAAAUAUUAAAUACUCACUCUUUUGCACAGUUCCCAAAUCUCUCAGUGUUACAUAUUGAUAGGCAAAAUCAUGGGUUGAGUACAAUAAAAAAAAAUGCAUUUGAAAAGAAUCUUAAAGAGCUGAACUUGAAAAGAAAUUUCAUAACAUUUACUAGCGAAAAUUCGAAAAUGAUAUUUAGCAGUUGUACGGGUGUUACAAAUCUCACCUUAACUGACAAUGUUGUCAUGAAUAAGACAGCACUUUUCUCAUCGUUAGCUCGUUUAAACUUAGAGGUGCUUGUUCUGAAACGGGUAGGACUGACCGAAUUUCCAUAUGAACUGUUUACGUUUAAAAAUCUUCAUAACCUAGUAAUCGACCAAAAUACAAUUGAAAGAAUCUAUUUUCCGCCGAAUACAAGAGAAUUGAAGAGCCAUGUUCAAUAUUUUUCUGCUGAGCAGAAUCAAAUUGUGUUCACAGAGAACAAAACUACCUUACCAGAGGCAGUUUUAAAAAAUUUAAAGGCAGUAAAUUUUGGAAAAAACAUUUAUGAUUGUUCGUGCGAUAAAAUUUCAAGAUGGUUUCGAAGCCAGAUAGCAGAACACGGAUCACAAGGCUAUUUCCAAGGCAUUAGACUUAUUGGAUGGCCACACAAUUAUCUUUGCCACUCACCAGCAAAAAUGAUUGGAAAAGAAUUAGCGGACUUCCAUCUUACGGGCGAAGACUGUCGCGAAUCAUUUAUGAUUGUGUAUAUAGCUAGCGCAUGUACAGGAUUUGUUGUUUUUGUUAUGGCAGUCGUAUCUUAUUGGAACCGAUGGUACAUUCAGUUCCAUUGGCAUAUGUUUAAAAAGAGCUGCAAACGAAUACGAACGAUUGCAGAUCCGGAAAGAGAACACCUGAUAGAAGAAAGUGGACUUCUUUACGACGCAAACGUUAUUUACAAUGAAAAUGACAGUAAGUUCGUGCUUAAAGAUUUACGGAGGCUAGUAGAAGAAAAAUUACACUACAAACUACUCCUACGGGACAGACAAGGUGCUGUAGGGGGUACUAAAUCGGAUGCGUACUUCGACGCUAUGGACGCCUCAAGGAAUGUCAUUGUUGUUGUUUCGAACAAUUUGAUAAAAGAUGCAUGGUGUGAGUUUCAAAUAGACAUUGCUUUGAUGAAUAAAAUCGAGACAAGAGGGAAAAGGAAGAUAUUCCUUGUCAUUCUGACGGAUGUGGAUUUAGAAUCUGUGAGUAAAUCUUGGUGUGUUCUUUUAGCCAAGAAAAAUAACGGUAAAUGGUGUGAAACUGAAAAUAGCAUACGUAGAAAAGUAUUUGUAGAGGACCUGAAAGCAACAUUGGGAAAACCAUUGUCGGUCGAAUACAGCCGAUCUCGUUCUCGCGCGGAUUCAGACAGUUCAAAUCAUUCAGUGACAUGACACCAAACCACAUAGGUAUUAGUAGUUAUAGCUGUUUAACCGUUGAUAAGGUGAAACAAUGUGCUUGGUUUCAUGACGAUUGAAAGUUUCACAAAGACAUCACAGGUUGUUUUCGAAUGUUUUCGAUGAUCUCAAAUUGCUUUCUUUUACAGGAGUCUUGUUGAAUCUAAUCUGUCUCGAUUGUACGUGCAGAGUCGCAAGAAAUAGCUCUAGAUGCGAUAAUUCUUAUAUGACAUGUAGUGUACCGUGUGAAAUCACAACGUUGAUUUUCUUUUGUUAUGUAUAAUGAUAUAUAAUUAUUGACUAAGCCAUUUGAUAUGGCCUGAAAUGUUUUACUAUAUGACAGUUUCGUUUUGCUUUGUUUCUAAUUUCAUUUAAAAAAACAAUGCGUUGGUGAAAAAAACAAGGAAUCAAAUCGGGUUUUUUGAAAUUCAUUGGUUCUCGUUUUCUCUUUCGCAAGCCAAAAGGAAACUGAUAUGAUAACUAAGAACCAAACCUGUUUUUUAUUAAUUAAUAGAAUGACAUUUUAAAUUAAGAUAAAAAUUAUGAGAACCCCUCAGUGAAUAAUAUUACAUAUAUUUUUUCGUCGAUUAUUGUCUGAAGCAAUGAGAUACGUAUUAUACGUGAAAUUACAUGCUGGAUUGGGUUCACAUGUUCAAUGUAUAUAUUUGUUGUAUAUCAUGUUUUAAUUGUAUAUAUUUUAUCAUAUGAAUGUCUUUUCUAUCAGUUUCCGUAUUCUGAAUGUUAUCGGUGUAUAUUUUGUAGAAAUACUAAUUACAUUGUAAGUUUAUGUUCACUUGUGUUUGUCCUGUAUUGCGGAUAAGUUACAGUAGUCAAAUUAAUUAGCUAAAUUUUAUUACUUUAAUAGCGUAUAGAAAAUGACUGAUAUUCAUUUGCACAGAGUUUUGCAAAUUCAAACAUAAAAAACUUUAAAAGAAAAUCUAAACCUUGUAGGUUAAAUGGAGCAUUGUCUGUUAUAUAUACAAAAUCAAUAUAUACAUAUGGACAAAAGAGCUUUCAAUUAGGCACAUUAAAGGUUGAUGCCCAAUUGCUUGAAAUGUUAUAUGCACUAUUUUGGUUCAUAUUUGUCAUAAAUGAUCAAACAAAGAGACAUAUGUGUAUAGAUUAAAAAUAUAUUAUCGAUAUUUUUGCGCUUUUUAAAUGGAUAAUGUGUUCCAGGUAAUUUAAUUAAUUAAAAAAAAACACUUUCAUAAAGGCCAAUAUGUUUUACAAAAAUAAUGCAUAUAUAUGCUAUCUGUUAUUUUCAUAGUUAAACAAAAUAUAGCAUCAAAAUAAACAAAUAAUUGUUUGUUUGCAUCAACCUAUGUUAUGCGCCUUUAACCUCUCAUGUUUGAUAGCUAUAUCAUAUAUCUUUCAAACUUAUUUUGAACGUCUUAGUAUAUCAAGUACAUCGUACAUGUAUUUAACAGCUUUGGUAUGAUCCUGUGACGACCAGUAUCUGUUAGCCAUAGUCCGUGACGAAUAUGAUACACCCUGUCAUAAAACUUCAUAGAUGAACUGUCAUGCUUGACAAUGGUUACACCAGGUAUUGAUAUUAUA